AUGACCGAUCUAACACCCACCCUCAACAAGCUGCUUUCAAAGCAAGGCUCAUCUAUCCCCCAAAUCAGAAAACCCUGCACAGAAACCGCGGACGAGUUCCUAAAGGAGGCAUACCGAAUCAACUCACACAUCCACUCCCUCCUCCAAUAUCUCCAGUCAAUCCGGCAUGCCUACCUCUCAACAACGCAACCACAACGCCGCAACCAAAACACAAGAACACCCACCCCAAACCCGAAAAAUGCACCCCCAACACCAACCUCACAAGCAAACCUCACAGACCCCGAACGCGACGCAGUGGACACAUCAACAGCCCUACUCCUCCGCGACCUAGCAACCUCAAUCGCAAACCUCUCCUCCGCCGAAUCUCUCCGCCAAGAAACCUCCUCCACCCUCCUCCACAAGAAAUACGGCCACUCCGCUGCCGGCGCCCUCCUCUGGCGCUGGGCCGGCGGCAGCGGCGCACUAGACAGCGCCAGCGCCGAUGAAGGCAAAUCCGCUGAACAAGUGCGCGCAGAGGAGAGCGCACGGUCGAUAGCGACGAUCCGCGAGAGCGUGCUUUGGUUCCUGCGGUGCGGGCUUGAGCGUGCUGUUAGUGUGCAGCGGAGGAUGGUUGAGAAGAGGAUUGAGAGGGUGCGGGAGAAGGAGAAGAGUGUGCUUUAUAAGGUUAGUGCGGGGAAGGCUGCUGCUGGUGGGAAUGGGGCUCGGAAGGGGUCUAUUUCUGUGUCGGAGAGGACUGGAGCAGGGGCUGGGGGUGGGGGAUUCAAUCCUGCUUUCCAGGCUCCUGAUGCGGCGGUUCUGAGUGAGGCGGAUACGGCGCGGAUCGAGGCGCAGCUUUCGCCGGAGCAGUUGCAGCUUUUUGCUGAGGAGAAUGAUUCUAUGCUUAGGCAUUAUGAGGAUACGUUAGGGAAGGUUCAAAAUGCCGAGAAAUCUCUCCUUGAGAUAUCCUCUUUGCAGGAAACUCUGGUUUCGCACCUCGCUACGCAGGAGGAGCAUAUUUCCCAGCUUAUUUCGGAUGUGGAUACGACGCAGACGAAUGUCGGGCAGGGAAAUCGGGAGUUGAAGCGUGCUACGGAGCGACGGAGUACGGCUCAGGCUGUCUUCUGGGGUACUGUUGGGUUGUGUACCUGGCUUGUGGUUUGGGAUUUGGUCUUUUAG